AUGGACGUCGAGAAAUUCAAUGCCCUCCCACGUCCUCCUCGUAUGCCUUCCGGCCGCAUUUCUAACGAAUGGCACUUCGACCUGCGUUUCAUACAAAUAGAUCCCCCUUAUCAUCUGCUGUUCUUGAUGCAGCCCGGAAGUGGCUUGGUCCAUUCAGAGAAACUUCCUCUCGAUGGUGAGAAACUGAUGGCAUUUUUUCCCGAGACGGGAAGGGAUGCUGCACCCGAGAUCGCGAAAGCCCUGCUUCGCGCUUUUUCGACCAGCUUUGCGAUCGCGGGAAAGCCACCUUUGGCUCCUUGGAAGCUAACCACAGAUGAUGUAGAUCUUGUAUCUGCCGUUGCCGAGGAGUUCAAAAAGUUAGGCGUCCUGAAGGUCCUGUGGAAGAUACCAGUAUCGCCUCUUAAUAUGAGGAUGGCCUAUGUCGCCUUCGACGAUUUUUUCAAGUCACUGAAGCGCCAGCUUGGUUUGAACCGAAUGGAUUCUGUUGCAUUCCAAACUCCCCAAUCUGUUGGUUUCCACAACUUUACGCCUCCUCCUGCUGUCCUUGACCCCGGCGACACUAUCAUCGACAAGACUAUAGCGUACGCCCAGAAACGCAUAAAUUGUCGUCCUCAGGACAUGUCCGAGUCGUACGAUAGUUCUGCCAUGCAUGAAACGAUUAUGAAAGAGGCGAGGAUUAUUCACGACCAGCUCCGGUCGAAACCCGAAAAUGUGCUGAAGUCUGAGGCUGAUUCAGGGAAUGCGGAGGCGGCCUUGGAUUAUGGAUUGAGGCUUAGUAUCGGGUGCGGUUGUUCUCCUAACCGUGCGCUCGCCAGGCGUUAUCUUAUUCUGGCAGCGCUGAAUACGAACGCGCCCCCCCUUUUGAGGGCUACCGCUCACUGUGCCCUUACUGAGUGGUACACUGAUUGUAAAGAAGACUUUCGGUCUCGUUACCUGCAAGCUGCCGCCUGGCACGCGAACGAGUCCAUUAAGCUGGUUCCAGAAAGGAGUGCACCCAGGGCACUGUUCCUUGCCCAAAACAUAAUGAUACCGCAAUCAGAGGGCCCGGGGGGUGCUGCUGAUUUGAGACUCCAGUAUAAAGAAAUAUGGGGAGCUCUGGGAAAACGAGAUGUGCAAGUCAAAAGAGAACAGGUAAAGAUGGACCAGAAACGAAUGACGCGCCCUAACCGGUACAGAUGCGCGACCGUUGGUUGCGGUAUUGCGGCGGACUCUGGAAGCAUGCUCUCCCGAUGCUCGGGGAAAUGCGAUUCAGAUAAGAAACCGUAUUACUGCAGCAAAGAGUAUGACUGGAAGAAUCAUAAACCCUUCUGCCAGCCGGGAGCUCCGUGCUCCGUCAUCGAUGUAGGAGACACCGACAGCUUACCGUCUAUGGUCGGAGGCUCGACUCGAAAUGGCGCCUUCCAAGUCCCUGUCCAGAUGCCAGGCGGAAAAACAACCACGUUCAGCUCUUCGACGAUGAGUCCAGAUUCACUAAAGGAAGUAAGAGAUCAUCUAGCUAACCAGUAUCCGGCUUCCGGAUCGAGUGGGCGUUCCGGUUGGAUGCCCACGUUCGGACAUUGUGAAACAUGGGAACACACGUUCGGGAUAGGAGGGACAGUCGAGACCGAGUUGGAGGAAAUCGAUUGA